GAGAUGGGAGACCCAUUCACCUCUCCAGACCCGCAAACUUCACCCUGCGCCACAGACAGGCCAAAAAAGAGGAGGAAGAGGCUCUCUGCGUCUACUGGAAAGUAGAGGCCCAAAGCGGCAGUUGGUCUCCAGAUGGCUGCACCGGCGUGCACACGAACAGCACUCACACCACCUGCAGCUGUGACCAUCUCUCCAGCUUCGCCGUCCUAAUGGCUCCCACCACAGUGACGGAGAGUUACCCACUGACCAUCAUCACCUACGUGGGACUGACCCUCUCCCUGCUGUGCCUCUUCCUCGCCAUCCUCACCUUCCUCCUGUGCCGCUCCAUCUGCAACGUCAGCACCUCCCUCCACCUGCAGCUCUGCCUCUGCCUCUUCCUGGCCGACCUGCUCUUCCUCAUCCCGGUGACUCCCACCGGCAGUCAGGUGGCGUGUGCUGUCAUUGCUGGCCUCCUACACUACCUCUUCCUGGCCUGCUUCAGCUGGAUGUUCCUGGAGGGGCUGUUUCUCUUCCUCACCGUCAGGAACAUGAAGGUCGUGAAUUACACCAGCGCCUGCCGGUUCAAGAAGAGAUUCAUGUACCCGUUUGGCUAUGGAUUCCCAGCCCUGGUGGUGGCUAUUUCUGCAGCGGUGAAUCCUGACGGCUAUGGAACUUCCAAACA